UUACUCUGUGACGAAGGUUCCAUGUUCGCUCCUGAGAUCUGACAAGAAGAAGUAGCCAUUUUUGUAGCUAAUCUGUGCAUGCUGUGUGGAGACCUAAAGAUCGGGAAAGGGGAAGGGGUUGCAGUUAGCAUUAUACCUUCCAUUUCUGCCACAAUCGGACAGAGUGUGGUUAAUAGCAUUCAACUGAUUACCUGAGGAGAUCGUAUGACUACAGAUACUGAUCUGCUCAACUGAUCACUAGCAUGUGAUCAACAAUCCCAUUUGAUAAGUUUUCAUAAUCCAUGAAAUUCAACAUGACAAACAACAAAUCACAGAACGCAGAAAAACAAUCGAGAGAGCGAGACAUACUCUGUCCGACAGUCUGCACGACGCCGACCUCCCUUCCAGCUUUGAACUGCAGAAUGAAAAGUUCAGUUGCCGUCGUGAAAACCGACCCGUUCUUCAAUUCCGGACCAUUAUUCCCGCUCGCCGUCGUGAAAACCGACCAUUAUUCUUCCCCAUCUCCGGACAAACCCACACUUAUUCCGGCAUCGCACUUCCGUGAAAACUCACCGCCGCCCUCCACCGCCGACCAGUGGGACCCGCAAAGUUACAGCAACCGUCAUCACCAAGAGAUCAACGGACCAAGUCCUGCUCUGCCGAAGCUCAUGUUCGCCGAGUGGCUAUCUCUGGACAGUUUCGCCGCCACGUCGGCAGCGCCGUUGGUGGGUUGCAGCAAUACUAAGGGGUUCGCCGGCGGGACUGCUGAUUUCGGACCUGACAUCAGCGGGUUGUUUGGAGGUGAUAAUAAUAACGGUUUGUUUCAUGGGUACCCGUUGUUUCAGCAGGGGACAAGCGGCGGGCAGAACUCGAUGACGACGACGGUGAGUGAUGGAUCUGCCAGCGACGUUUUCUCGUCGCAGUUCAGCUUCGACGAUCAGAGCUCGGUCGCCGACGCUAAUAAUUAUCAGUUCGUCGAGUUCUGUAGCGAGUUAUAGCUCAGCGGGAAUGAUGUCAUGUACAUAUGAAAAAGGGAGCACACGGCCAAUUCGGUGACGUUGGAAGUCCAAUAAGUGGUCGGAGCGGCC